CAGUGGAGCAGAGCGCGCAGGCGGCAGCUGGAGCUGGUGUCCCCGCCCCAGUGCGAGCGGCGGGGCUGGGCGGGCAGCGCUGUCGCAGGCAGGAGCAGAGCUGCCGCGCCGCGCCAGGGGGGCUAUGCGCCUCUCCGCCUCCCUCUGACCGCAGCCAGCCCGGGGUGCAGCAGCGGCAGCAGCAGCAGCCACCCCAGCAGCGGCGGGGUCUCCGCCGUGCCCCUCCAGCGCAGCCGCCACCACCGCCAGCAGCAGCAGCAGCGCCGGGGCCCGCUCGGGGGGGGCUGAGGCCAUGUCGUCGGCGGCGGUGGCAGCAGCCGCCGCGGCGGCCGCGGCGUCCCGCCGGCAGUCGUGCUACCUGUGCGACCUGCCGCGCAUGCCGUGGGCCAUGAUCUGGGACUUCACGGAGCCCGUGUGCCGCGGCUGCGUGAACUACGAGGGCGCGGACCGCGUGGAGCUGGUCAUCGACACGGCGCGGCAGCUGAAGCGGGCGCACGGCUGCUUCCCCGACGGACGCGUCCCGCCGCCCUCCGCGCACGCCAAGCCCGCGCCGCCGCCGCAGCAGCCGCCGCUCAGCGCCAAGGACCUGCUGGUGCAGCCGCCGCAGCUGAACCACGCGGCGGGGCCGCCCGACGCCGGGCCGCGGCAGCCGCUGGAGCGCUACCCGCUGGGCGGCGCGGAGCGGGCGGCGCAGCGCCUGGGCGCCGACUACGGCGGGCGUGGGCAGGUGAACGGCAUCCUGGUGCCCAACGGCUUCCCCAAGGGCCCCGACGACCCGCCCGAGCUGAACCGGCAGAGCCCCAACCCGCGGCGCACGCACGCCGUGCCGCCCACCCUCGUGCCGCUCGUCAACGGCGGGCUGGGCGGCCGCGCCGCGCCGCUGCAGGUGGCCGUGGCGCCGGCCGGCGCGGAGCUGGCCCACAAGCGGGGGCCCGGCUCCGUGUCGUCCGCCGAGCACGACGGCAAGGACAAGGCGCCGCCGCUGCAGCCCCGCGGCUCCGGGGAGCCCCUGGCGGCCGGCGCCGACUUGGGCGCGGAGGGCAAGGGCCGCGGGCCGCCGCCCCCGGGCGCCGAGCAGGAGUGGCUGGGCAAGCCCAAGACGGUGCGCGACACGCUGCUGGCCCUGCACCAGCACGGACACGCCGCCGCGCCCUUCGACGGCAAGUUCAAGAAGGAGCCCGGCCUGGGCGGCCGCCUGCUUCCCUACGACGCCAACGGCGCCGGCGCCAAGGCCGGGGCUCGGGCAGCAAGGAAAAGGAAGCCUUCGCCAGAACCAGAAGGUGAAGCUGGACCCCCUAAGAUCAAUGGAGAAUCACAGCCGUGGUUGCCAGCCUCAUCAGAAGGGAUGAAAAUGCCCAUGACAGCAACACCUUUCAUGUCCCCUCCACCUCCAACUGCCUCCCCUCAUUCCAACCGGACCACGUCGCCGGAGACGGGCCAGAAUGGCCAGUCCCCUAUGGCUGCACUCAUUUUAGUAGCAGACAAUGCAGGGGGCAACCACGCCUCCAAAGAUGCCAGUCAAGUUCACUCCACCACCAGGCGGAAUAGCAGCAGCCCACCCUCUCCGUCCUCUAUGAACCAAAGAAGGCUGGGUCCCAGCAGGGAGGUGUCAAGUCAGGGGGCAAACACUGCUGGGGGGUUGGAGCCUGUGCAUCCUGCCAGCCUUCCGGACUCAUCUCUAGCAGCCAGCGUCCCCUUGUGCUGCACCCUGUGCCACGAGCGCCUGGAAGACACCCAUUUUGUGCAGUGCCCCUCAGUUCCUUCUCAUAAGUUCUGCUUCCCUUGCUCCAGACAAAGCAUCAAACAGCAAGGAGCUAGCGGGGAGGUGUAUUGUCCCAGUGGGGAAAAAUGCCCUCUGGUGGGCUCCAAUGUCCCUUGGGCCUUCAUGCAAGGCGAGAUUGCAACUAUUCUUGCUGGAGAUGUGAAAGUGAAAAAAGAGAGAGAAUCAUGACUUUUUCCAGUGUCGUGAUCCAACAGCACCGUUAACUAAAACUGCUUGAAUUGUGUAUAUAUCUAUAAAUAUAUAAAUAUAUAUAUAUAAAUAUAUCUCCGAGACAAGGGAAAUGUAGACUUCAUAAAACAUGGCUGUAUAAUUUUGAUUUUUUUGAAUACAUUGUGUUUCUAUAUUUUUUGAAGACAAAAGGUAUGUACUUAUAAAGGCAUUUCUUCUUUUUGUUAUAGCUACUAUUUGUUGUGCUUCCCUGGUGACAGUUACUGUUCAACGUAGGCUGUGACUUGCGCUGCUUUUUUUAGAGAGCACUUGGCAAACCAGAAAUGCUUCUAGCUGUAUUUGUAUGCACUUGUUUCUUUUUUAAAUGCCAAAUACACAUUCUGACAUUGUAAAGAUUGCCUUACUGUCUGUGAUUCCUUAUUCUUGGCCCUUACUCAGUUGAGCUGGACGCAUGCAGGUUUGAUAUGAAACGGUAGUGGGGAAACCAUAGUUGAUAGACUGAAAUGGGGAUGUCAGUAUGCCAGCCCCAAGGCAGGUGAACAUUAGAAAGCGAAAGGGGUUUCACUUAAAAACAUCUGUUCUCUUGUUGCAAUAGUGAAUUUGCCAGAUUCUAAGUCCAAUUCCACCCUGUUUCUCAAAGGAAGUUGCCUUCAUAGUAGGAAGUUGAGCGGUAUCAGAGAGGCACUGUUAGAGUUAGGGAUUUCUGGGUUUGUUGUCCUUUUUUUUUUUAAGGCAAAGUUGACCAUAGUUCAUGUGAUUGGUUGUAAGAUUACAAAGCUGCAUUUAUUCACUGAUUACAUAAUGUGGAAAUUUUGAUAACUUAAUUCUCUGGUGGAUAUACCAACAAUAUGCCACUGCCUUUUUAAAAGAUCCAUAGCUUUUCAGCACUCCUUUUUUUGUUUUUUAAACUGCUUGGGGGCAGGGUGGAUGGAGUGCUGAGGUUUUUUGUUGGUUUUUUUUUUUAAUUUGCAGAUAACGCAGGUGGACUUUGAGCUUUCUUAUCAGUUACCCUUAGUGCUGUUGCUAUUGUUACUAUCACUUACAUCAUAUUUCCAGGUAGUGGUAGGUACAGUGUGGUACAAUGACAGAAGUGACUGAGGUUCUGCCAGGGUUGCCUUCAGGCAUAUCAGUGACAGCCCAAAUGUGGGCGGAGGAAACCUGUAAUUUCCUUAUUACGUGUGCUUGAAAACUAACCUGAUUCAGUUCUCUGAAAAUGAAAAUAUAAACUGGUUGAAAUGGAAGCAAUUAGGUUUUCACAUAAUAGGCAUACACCCUGCCCUUUUCACCUACUUUGGAGAGCUCUUUAUAAAGUCACUUGUUUAGAUCAAGCUUCUGCUUUAGCAGGCAGAUUUUUUAACCAAUAAAGUAUCGGUUACUAGAAAUAGUUGAGUCUUAUAGUGAUGUUUUCGUGCUCCUUUUUACAGUUUGCUGGCAACACUGCUGCUUGUAUAAAUCCUUAUGCUUGGGUGCUUAUAACGUGGUCAUAAACAGUUCUGAGCAAGAUGGUGAUCAGUUAUAAGGUUCCAUCCCUGGGGGGAAAAUACAGGUUAUCAUUUCGGAGAGGGGGAGGGGAAUUUGUUUUACCAGUUGUAGCAGUUUUGGGUACUUUUUUUUAGUCAGCUGUUCGUUCUUCUUGUGACAAUAUUCAGACUGCUAUUUGAUGCAGAAAAGAUCCUUUUGGAAGAUGUUUUGUUUUUUUUAGAAAUGAAAUGGUUAUUACUAACAUUUGAAAAUCAGACCUGCACAUGCACAGUAAUUAUUUUUAUUCUGACGUGUUUAAUGAGCACACCCACUACAUUGUGUUCCAUAUUACAGGUCAAUGUAAUGUUAGAGAAAACUUGCAUGAUAAACCAAUACAUUGGCUCAAUAUUACGCUUUAAAAUUAUAGCAGUAGUCCAGACUGGUGUCUUACGUAAACACAUAUAGACAACUUGGAGAAAACACACACAUAAUAUAUAUGCGUGUAUAUAGAUAUAGAUAUAGAUAUAUAUAUCUAUAUAGAUAGAUAUAUAGAUAUAUAUAUUGUGUGUGUGUGUAUAUAUAGAUAUAUAUACUUACAACUGUAAAGGAUUCUUUGGAACCACUGUGGUCUGUGUAAAUGUAUAUUUAGGCACUUUAUUAAAAAUUGAUUUUGAGCUGAUAGGUGGUAACCAGUUCUUCAAAGUUGGUGGCAUAAUACCUCACGUAGUAUGGUGUUUUUGUGUUCUGGGUGAGAUGAUAUCCCUACUAACCUGUAUGAAAGGGUUACAUUGGCAGACUGUGCAGCUUUGAGCAUCUUUAGGCGAGGUGGGAGGGUAACUUUUUUUGUCACGCCAACGUAUCCUAAUUCUGGGGCUGUGUGGCAUUGGUGUGGCUCUCUGAAGAGGCCUUUUACUUAACUUUUAUCUGGCAGAAGUGUGCCAAUACAUUGCAACUUAGCAGUAUCUUUGUAUGUGUUUUUCAAAGUAGUUUAAGCCGUGGUAACUCUCAGGCCUUGUGAUACUAGGUGAUGGUACAAAAGCAACACAGCUGGAAAAAAUGUCAAAAUGUUACUUUAUUGUUCAGCUGACUUUCAAAACUAAUUCUAAUCCACAUCAUAAUAUUUCACAAUUACAAAAAAUGCUUGAAACCCGCAAGGCUUUUUAGGGUUUUGGGGGUUUUUUUUUGCAUUUCUCAAACUUUUAGUUAAACUAGGUGUCAUCCUUUUUUGUAGCUUGCAAAGUUAUGGUAACACCCCUACAGAUCACUCUAUUUACUAUACCAGUUUACUGUUUCCUCAGUUACAAAGUUUUUUUUAAAACUGCUUUAGUUGCAACAGUGCUGUUUAAUCUUGCUUUUUAAACUUUUUUAAAGGUGAUAAUUUGUGUAGUAUUAAAGCAAGGUGUUUUAAUGAAGACUGUGUGAUUCUCAAAUCUCACUUUUCAUUACAUUUUUUUAAGUUACUUUUUACUGGAAUAUCACCUACACUCUGCUUUUGUUUAUAGCUGCUAAAAUAACACAUUGCUCUUUUUACCUAUUUUUUAUCUUUGGCAUUAAAUAAAAUGAAAUUAGGAGCUUUAAA